GCACUUUGGCUGUGGGUCACGCUGCAAAUCCAGCCGGAUGUUUUUUCGCACGCGCCAGUAUGUGAUGGUGAAGAUUUUGCUCAUUUCACCACCGAGGUAAACCGUGCGGCUCCAGGUGACCGGGUGAGUACCGUGUGCAGCGUCCAAUGAGCGGGACUCGUAAGCGAGAGGAGCCGCAGGUUGCUGUGGGUGAAAGCUGCAGGGAGGUCGUGACGGUUUUUGGGUUUUGCAGUGACCGUGCACGCCGCUGCGCGCGCUCCCUCCAACAUCCAUAAUAUAGUUCAACAGGCAGAUCACGGGGAUGCUGCUGUGUGGGGCUUCUUUUUUAAAUCAUAUAUUUUAUAUGGUUUUCAAACCACAGGAAAUAUAAUGUGUGUGCAAGGAGGCCUGAUCAAUACACAAGCUUCCUCUAGUUCUCUGCUGGAUUCAUAACGGAGCACUGUAGACCCCUUUCCUCCUCACCCACCUGUCUAGUGUUCAUCUGUGUGUCCUCUCUCUCUGACAGCUGUGUCUUUGUUGCUCACUGGUUGGUGGUGGCUCCCCGAGCAUCAUAACAGUAGCAGUCCAGUCAGGGAAGGGGUUGAUGUGAGCACGAGCCCCAGCAGCUGUCUUUUUAUUCCAUCCUCUCUUUUCAACUUCUGUGCAUCCUCCCCGACUCUAAACUUGAACUAAACCCCCCACACUUCUGUCUUUCUUAGCACUUCCUUGCAAAGAGCUCUUUUGCAAAUAGUUUUAUGAGCCAGAAAAGAUAAAAACUCUUAAUUUGAUUGUGUUUUUUAAAGAUCUGGGUGCAGCAGGGGUUGUUUUUGGCUCUUUUUUUUUUUGCGUUUUUGACUGUUGAGUGAGCAGCUUUAAGAAGUCUCUGAGUUUUUUUCACAGUUUCACAGUUUCUAAUCAACAAUGAAUCAUAACCAUCCAUUAGUUGGAGCAAUAGAGCUCUCUGGUAAUUGCUCUUUCUCUGCUGUUGAACCCAACGGCUUCAGUUUGUUUUGUGUGCAUUCAUCUGUCUCCAGAGAGAAAAACGAUCAUCCUGCUGCUGCAGUUGUUGGGAGCGGCACAUACACCUGUUUGUCAGGACAGAUGGUCGACAGAGUGUUCUUCUGUGUGUGUGUGUGUGUGUGUGUGUAGAUACCGUGCAGCUGGUCAGCUGUUGUGUCUCCCCCUCAUCGGCCUUAUCUUUCUGGGCAAAGCUGACUCGGACCACAUUCUUAUUUAAUCGGGCAGUUGCUUUCCUGUUGAGCCACUGACCUGAGAGAACUCUGAGUUUAUUCAGUUUAAGUCGAACAGACGCCUUUUUGUUGGCCUUUCAAGAAUCUGCAGGUGAAGCCCGCUAUCGUUCAGCAGCUAGUAUUUGAGCACAGCUUACUUUUAUUGGAACAUAAACUGCUCCUGGCUUUGACCCAGAUUCCUUAGUUGUAAUAAGGAAAUAUGCAUGUUCCAGUAGUCUGGAUCGUAUUGCGCUAAAGUAGCUCACUCCAAGCUUUUUAGUGAAUUAUGCAAUGCAGAACUUGUAUGUUUAUUAUAUGUAUUUGCAUCAAUGACACUGGUGCAAAUAAACAUAUUGUUAUUGUACUUUUAGAUCAUAAUAACCGGGACGUAAAGACAGAAUAGGCAAAGAUUUGUGCUUCCGAGUCAUCUGCCCUAAGUGUGCUGCAACAAUGAGGAACAGCUCCCCUCCUCUUCCUCAUUGGGACAUAAAACUUUUUGAUGUCUCUCGCCCCCCCACACACACACUCUCCUCUUUCCUCUUGCACUCUCUUAAAGGCCACGCCAGUCUGUCAGCCAGCCCUGGUCUUUUCUUUCUGUUUGGAGCCCCCCCAUGCCCCAUACAAAGAGCGUAGAGUGACUGUGGUGCUCUGUAGCCAGGUGUUCUCCAUUGCUGCCCCGGGCCGUAAUAGCACCAGCCCUCACACUGCAGCUGCCCUCCACGGCCUCCCAUUGUGUAGCUCUAUUGUUCAGCCGCCCACCCCUCGUUGAUUCAUCGGCCACACAGGGGAAGCCCUUUCAGGCCCAGGAGAGUGGUGUGUGUGUGUGCGCUGGUGCAUGUUGAGUACGCGUGCCUUGGGGAAUCUGGGUGUUGCAGGCAUUUGCCCACAGCCACUCCCCCUCCUCCUCCUCCUCCUCUUCCUCCUCCUCCCCCUUGUCUCUGCUCCUCAUUGUGAGGCCGCUCCUCCCUGAUUGGUGGAAGAGCAGCCACUCUCAACGAGGGGAAUGGCAGACAUUGUUGCUCCAUCUGUUCUGCCACUCAUUGUCCAACUUGCCUGCUACUGUGUAGUAAAAAAAAUAAAAAUAAACACACAGCUCCCGACGACACCGGGGAGGACAGAGGCGUUGGUCUGGAGUCGGAUGCUGACGAGCGUUCGGCCUCGGAUGUAGCUGCUGUGGGAACUUAAGGGCUUGUUUCUCCUCUUGUGUCACCUGCCGUGUUUCUCCAAUCUGGUUUUCAAGGAUUUAAAUGUGUGGAAAUGAGCUGAUCGACUUCCCUUCCUCCAUUGUUCGUUGAUCUUUUAAAGCCUGGCACCAAUGAGUCGAGCUUUGUGAGAGGGCAGCAGUCGGCCCCGUGUGCUGGAUGUCUGUGACAGACCCAUGGGCCAGAAGGACCAUGUGGAGGCAGGAGCAGGCCACAUCCUCGACCUGGGGCUGGAUUUGGAGUAUCUCCACGUAGCGGGGUCUGACCGGCAGGCUGGCGCCUCUGACGGGCCCCCUGCUAUGGAGGAGCAGGGGGAGCGCUCCGGCAACAGCGACACCGCCGAUACCCCUCCCCCUGCUGUGGCGGAAGAAAACGCCGGGUCUGAUGCAGAGUGCGAGCCACCACCGCCGCUGCCGCCACCGUCUUCCAGCGCCGCCCCCGCUGCUGGCACCGACCCGGAUGGAGGAGAGGGAGGGUUAACUCACAGUAAGAACGCCCACCAGCCGCUUUGUCGGACCCAAUGUGUGGACUUAGGCACCGAGGGUCCUCCUGAGCCCCCGUCUGAGCCCUCAUCAGAGCUUGAACAGGAGCCCUUGUCCGGCUCGCCAUGCAAGCACCCACCAGAGCCUCCUUCCAGCCCCUCCUCAUCAGAUCCGGUGCCCGAGGCCGGCGUUAAGGAGUACCAGGCGAAGCUGGAGUUUGCCCUGAAGCUGGGCUACUCGGAGGAGACGGUGCGACUGGUGCUGUCCAAGCUGGGCCCCGACACCCUCAUCAAUGACAUACUGGGAGAGCUGGUCAAACUGGGCACCAAGUCGGACAGCGAGCAGCCGGCCGGAUCAUUAGCCUCUACCUCAUCUUCGUCGUCGUCCUCUUCCUCUUGUGGCUGUUCUGAUCUGCUGGAUAGCCAGCGGUCGGACUCGCCCUGUCCGUCAGACUCUCUGAGCGACCAGGACAACCUGCGGCCAGUUGUGGUGGACGGCAGUAAUGUAGCCAUGAGCCAUGGCAACAAGGAAGUGUUCUCCUGCCAGGGCAUCCAGCUGGCUGUGGAUUGGUUCCUAGAGCGUGGCCAUCAUGACAUCACAGUGUUUGUGCCUGCUUGGAGAAAAGAGCAGUCUCGCCCUGACGCCCCGAUAACAGAUCAGGAGAUCCUGCGUCGCCUAGAGAAGGAGAAGAUCCUGGUCUUCACUCCUUCGCGGCGCGUCCAAGGUCGGCGCGUGGUUUGCUACGACGACCGCUUCAUCGUGAAGCUGGCCUAUGAGUCAGACGGCAUCAUCGUCUCCAACGAUAACUACCGAGACCUGGCUAAUGAGAAGCCCGAGUGGAAGAAGUUCAUCGACGAGCGGCUGCUCAUGUAUUCCUUUGUCAAUGACAAAUUCAUGCCCCCAGAUGACCCUCUUGGUCGUCAUGGCCCCAGCUUAGACAACUUCCUGAGGAAAAGACCCAUCAUGCCUGAGCAGAAGAAACAGCCUUGUCCAUACGGAAAGAAGUGCACUUACGGCCACAAGUGUAAGUACUACCACCCAGAAAGAGGUGCUCAGCCUCAGCGCGCUGUGGCUGACGAGCUGCGUGCCAGUGCCAAGACCUGCGUCACCACAAAGAACCAGGGGGACACCGGUUUGGUGAAGAGCCACAGCGUGCCAGCUGGCAGCAUUGAGGCAAGAAAAGGCGCCCAAAAAAGGCAGUCGGACCCCAGCAUCCGAGCUCUGUCGUACGGCGAUGCCGAGGAGAAGCUGGCGAAGGGGAGGGCGGAAAGCCAGAAGAACAGCAUGUGUGGCAGCAGCAGCAGUAGCAGUGGGGUUAUAAGCAUGUCCUCAGCCCCAGGAGGCCCCCCAUCCACUUUCAGCCUUCCCCAGGACCAGCAGUCCAGAGCAGUGACCCCCCACAGUCUACCAGCCCCCAGCCAUGACCUUUACCCUCACUGUGAGUCUCCAGACUUGAGCUACUACUCAUUGACGCGUGCUUACUCCGGCCUGAGCCUCUCCUCCAGACGGAGCCCAGACUGCCGCUUCCCCAACGACACGGACCUGCGUCUCGGCUCCAUGGGCUCAGCGGGCUCCGAAUGCGGCAGCGAGAGCAGCGCGAGUUGCGGCAGCAGCUGCGACUCGUACAGCGAGAGGCCGUGUCCCGGCUGCCCCCCAGAAACCUUACUGGACGACGGCGUCCAUUUCGCUAAUCCCCACAGCCGGCUGUAUCCCCACCAUGCCGCGGCGAACCAUGAGCUAUGUGGCCUUCAUCCUGCCGAUUACUCGAGCAUGCAGCACAGCCACACGUCUAACGCAGGAGUACACAGCUACCACCUGAGUGUGGCGCGCGGACAGAACUGCGCUCACGAUCAGCCUCCACCGGAGGCUCCUCCAAAGCGCCCUCUCUACCCGUUGCCCCCUCAUCUCCAGCACCAGCCGCUGACCGCUCGCUCCAGCUGCCCGGGCGACUACCACUCUCUGCCCCAGUCCAACCCGCACCCCCCUGGGUCCCCUCUGGGCCGCUGCCUGGCCCCGACGCGAGGAGAAAGUGUGUCAGACUCGCAUCUUUAUGAACACCUCUCUACGUCGCACCAUCACCACCGGACCAAAGCGUUGCCCAGCUGGGACACGUACUACAGGCAGCCUCUGCUGCCGCCGUCCAGGUAUGAGCCGUCCGCCUAUCAGAGUCUGCCGGACACACGCCAGGCGUCCUGGCACGCCCCUCCCUGGGCACAGGAAGGCUACACCCACCACCACUCCUCCCACCCAGCUCUCCACCCAUCGCCGACACACUACUUGAGCCACCCGCCGCCCCAGGCCCACUCUCCCCACCCACCUCAUCCAUCCAGCACUCCCCUCCCGCCAUACCCGUCUCACAGCGCUCACCUCGGAGUGCCCUCCCACGCUGCUCCCUCCUACAUGCCGCAGCACCCAGAAUCCCCCGCACACAGCCGCUACGGGGACACGAGGGAGAAAGUGUACGUCAACCUGUGUAACAUCUUCCCCUCGGAGCUGGUGAGCCGCGUGAUGGCCAGGAGCCCCCAUAUCACAGACCCCCAGCAGCUGGCAGCUGCUAUACUUGCAGAGAAAGCCCAAACAGGCUACUGAAGAACGGAGGAAAGCCGAGUCUCCCAUUAGAAAGCAGUAGCAGUCAUGUAGUCUAGAGUGGAAAUAGGAAAACACAAAGUGUGGGUGCUUUGCUUCAGCAGAGCAAACUUAAAUUUGCCUUUGCAACACUUGACAGCACGUUGGAUUUGCAUGGUGGAACUUUAAAUACUGCAAUGCUUUUGGAUUGUCUAUGAGGAGAGCUUUUUUUUUUCCCCCUCUCUUCUCAUGAUGUUAACGAGACAACGCAUACGUUUCUCUGGUCCCUACGCAGCGACAACUCAACCUGUAAGAAGUGUAGGCAGAUCGUUCCAGACCUGCCCAGUUAGUCGUCUUUUUAUUGAUCUAGUAGCUUAUUAUUAAAUGUGACUUUCACACGCAGGCAUCAAAUUCAAAAGGCACUUUUUGUGCUCUGAUUGACUUUUCUUAAUUUGUUAUGUGGCAGAUCCACAUCUGUAAAACUCCCAUCGUCAUCACGUGACAGUUUCAAAAUUACUAUUUGGCCACGGUCCGUGUACUAUAUCAAUCUCUUUAUGUGUGUUGUGAGGCCAUUUGUGGGGCUUUUUCCAUGUUGGUUGAAAUGGGUGUCUGAAAGGCGGUCGUCUUAUUUGAGAUGACGUCAGUAUUUUGGUCAGAGUUGUAGCUGUAGAGAUGGGUGACCCUGUCGUGUGUACCUUAGUUUUAGUAAGGGACCUCUCUCUCUCUCUCUCUCUCUCUCGCUCUCUCUCUCUCUCUGGCCCUUUUAUUUCGGGUCAACUCUGGUAUCUGCUACAGACAGAGAACAUCUGAACAUCAGUAAAUCAGACGUGUAUGUAUUGUAAAUAUAUUUAACAGACUCCCCCUGCUGUGCUUUUGGCUAACAGCGUCUCCGGUUGUCUGUCGCAGAUCCCGGCUGAAUCCAUUUGCUAGACAGAGAAAAACCUUGUUUGAUACAAAUUGUAUCAUGAACUACGUCGCUGAUGUUAUAUACAGUACAUGGACGUGUUGAUCCGUAUCCAUCAAACACUCUUGAUGUAUUGCUGUACGAUUUAAAAUGCAUUGACAACAGUUACGUUCCAAUCGAGAUGCUCCGACUUUUAAUCUUGUGGGCAUUGCUUUGACACAAUUAUUUCAAAUAUGUUAAGAAACAAGAGGAGUUGUCUGCCUAUGUUUAGGUAUCGCAGCUUCUUUAUUUGCUCUUUUUGGGUUUGAAGCUGGCUUAUUUGCUACAGAAGCUCCAUUUAUAUCCUGUGAGAAAUAUGCUUUUGGUUCCUGGUUGAAAGUGAACUAGUCUGUUUUUUGGCAGUGAGGUUGGGGUCAGGAAGUGGAUGCUUGAAAUAAUAGAGAAUUGACGUAUUAUCAUUAGCUGAUCUAUUGUUUCUGUUGAAUCAUGAAUUGAGCGGACGGACCCCGACCAUGUUUCAGAAGUAAAGUUUUAUAUGUGGGUCAGUCCCAUAAACCAUGGUCGCCAUUUUGAAUGUCUGUAACACUCUACCAAAGCUCUACCUGGAGUAUCUGCUGAUAUAUAAAGCUGUUUUUAAAGAAAUCUCAAGAAUAACAACGACAACUGUUUACAUAUCUAAUCUGCUCGCUUCUUUCCAGACACAAAGGACAAUUAUUUAAAAACAAAUGUGGCCACAGUGCAUAAAUGUAGCUUGAAAAACAACGACAUAAACAAAGAAAAAGUUUCAACUUCUCCACACGCAGGAAGCUACCUAAGCCGUGACGUGUUUAAGUGUGUAACCUGCCUGUGGCCUAUUGCAUGCUGGGAAAGUAGAAAUACCCACACUUCUAUACAUAGUACGAUGUAUAUUCUGAAAGCUAGUAUCGAUGAGCUGUUCUUCAGGUAGAGCUCGAUCAAAGUGUAACGCAACUUCAAAGUGGCUGCCGAGGAAUUAAGAGUGUGCAGAGUGAGCUCGUCACACAGUUUAUCACAACGUGUCACAUUGUGCAAGUAAUGAUUAGUUGUACAACAACGCGUGCCGUUGAUGAGAGAGAACCUUUGUGUGUAUUGAAGAAGCGCCUUCUCUCCGGCCUCCUGGCACUGUGUGUCAGUGUGGCCCCUGAGCGUGGGCCCAAAGUAAUGCCUCUUCAUGGCAUUGUGCUUAUGACACAUCCAAUACUCUGAACUAUGUUCAGCUAACUGUUAUGCAUGUUUUUGAUUUUGUUUCCGCACGUUUCCUUGUGUUUUUAAUUUGUGUACAUAGCCGUGUUUGUGUCCUGGAAGCUUUGUCCUGAUGUUACUGUGACAUGACCGCAGCUGAGACGCCUCUAUAGGCUUACUUAUACACUUGUUAAUGUUUUAUUUUACACAUCGGUUAGAGUUGAUUUCAGGAAAACACACUCCUUUGACACACAGUAUAAAGUCAAGAGGGGUAGUAUUUGUUUUUUAUAAGGCUUGAUAUUUACUCCAUAGGUUCAGGAAGCAUGUUUUGGAAAGCAUCCCACUUUUCUCCACAUUGUUUGCUCUGGAAGUGCUGAAGAUAUUCAAGUUCUCGACCGGCCACGACACUAAUACAAUGAAAACCCUCUGUUUCAAAUUACAUUUCCAUUUUGCCAGUAGAAUAAUGGUGUAACUAAUUAAUUAUUGUAACAUUCUCAACUGUAACUCGUGAUUGUUCAUUAAAGAGUACUGCUACAAAACA